AUGACUAGACAUUUUGAGGAAACGCAGAGAAAAAUCCAAAAAAUGAUCCAGCAGAGAGAGAAAGAUCUUCAGGAGCUGAGAAAGGCUGUGAGGUCUCAUAAGAGCUCUGCACGGACAGCAGUGGAGGACAAUGAGAGCAUCUUCACUGAACUCAUACGCUCCAUUGAGAGAUGUCGAUAUGAGGUGACACAGAUGAUCAGAGAUCAGGAAAAGGCUGCAGUGAGUCAAGCUGAAGAACGACUGGAGCGACUGAAGAAGGAGAUUGAGGAUCUAAAGAGGACAGACGCUGAACUGAAGCAGCUUUCAGAAACACCAGAUCAUGUUCAUUUCAUCCAGAGUUUGUCUUCUGUUUCUCUCUCUGGAUCUACAGACGGCUUCACUGUCAUUUCUCAUCUGUCUUUUGAUGAUGUAGUGAAAUCCGUCUCUCAACUCAGAGACAAACUGCAGCAGUUCUGCAGUGAGGAGACAGACAAGAUAUCUGGAAGAGUGAAAUCCAUUCAGCUCAUUCUGACUCCUGAAUAUCAGACCAGGAAGGAGUUCCUACAAUAUUCCCAUCUGUUGACUUUGGAUCUGAACUCAGUACAUAAUUUACUCCACCUGUCUGAGGGGAACACAGUGAUCACUGUCACAAAAAUACGUCAGCGGUAUCCUAAUCAUCCAGACAGAUUUGAACAUUGGUGGGAGGUGUUGUGUAGAGAGAGUGUGACUGGACGCUGUUACUGGGAGGUGGAAUGGGCUGGUGAUGGGAGAUUAGGAGUGGAUAUAGCAGUGACGUAUAAGAGCAUCAAGAGGAAGGGAAAUGGUCCUGAAAGUGUAGCUGGACGUAAUGAUCAGUCCUGGAGUUUGUUCUGCUCUCCUUUAUGUUGCUCAUUCUGGCACAAUAACAUAGAGACUAAACUCCCUGCAGUGUCCAGCAGGAGAAUAGGAGUGUAUGUGGAUCACACCUCAGGGAUUUUGUCCUUCUACAGCGUCUCUGACACAAUGAGCCUCAUCCACACAGUCCAGACCACAUUCACUCAGCCGCUCUAUCCUGUAUUUGGAUUUGAUAGUAGCUCAGCAGUGAAAAUGUGUCGUCUAACCAAUUAAAUUAUAGAGAUUGUACUGAUUAUUUUGUCAUAUUCACUACUGAACGUUUCAUCGCAGAUCUAUUAAGAGUAAAACUUAUCUAUAUAUGUAGUGUGAGAACUGAUAAUGUAUAA